AUGAAACAUUGGCAUGUACUUGGAGUUGGUAAUAGCGGUUCUUUUAUAGCACACUUUCUUCGAAAACGUGGGCACAAGGUCACUUUACUCUUAAGAGACCCCACAACCUUGGGUAAAUUCGAUAAACUUAAUCGUUCCAUUGAAGUUACAAAGGAAUUUGAACCAAAUGUAGAGAUAUCAAAAGAUUAUCAAUCAGAAUGUAUACAUGGGUAUAAUUAUGGAAAUGUGAUUGAUCCUCGAUAUCCGAAUGAAUCAUGCCCACCACAUCAACGUAUCAGGAGACUUAUCGUCACGAUUAAAUCUCACGAAUUCAGUAAAUAUUAUCAAAGGAUCUUUCAUCGUUUAUCACCAACGAGUACCAUUAUCUUAUUCACUUAUGGAUUGGGAACUUAUGAAGAAUUAAUGAAAGACUAUUAUAAUUUUGAUGAAGCCAUUAGACCAAAUCUUUUAAUCGGUUUAAAUUCUCAUCACGUUUAUAAAAGAGCCACCUUUGGUACUCAAUUUAAGUUAAUACAUUCCGGAUUUGGUGAAAUCGACCUUGGGGUUAUUCCUAGGCGAUUUGAUAAAACCGAAGAAAAGAAAAUCGAUGCAAAUUUACAACCUGAAGAAUCCUUGGAGAACAGAGAUCAAAGAUACCUUAGAUUCGUUAAUCGUAAACUCGAGAACCUUGCAUUGAAUUCAGUGAUUGAUCCACUUACAUCAAUUUAUUUUAUACGUAAUGGGGCAUUAUUAUUUAACAAGAUGGCCGAUCGUGUUAUAAGACCAAUUUGCGCAGAAUCUUCUAUGGUCAUCAGGAAACACAGAGAAAGUCUUGGGAUGACACCGACGAACCGAUUCGCCACCGAUAGAUUGAUUGAUGCCGUGUUUCAAAUCUGCAUAAAGACUCGUCAUUAUGAAUCUUUAUCAUUACAAUCUAUCAAAAGAAAUCUGGCAACGGAAGUUGAUUAUUUAAAUGGAUACAUAGUUAAAUUAGGAAAUGCUUAUAACAUUCCUACCCCCAUAAAUCAAUAUUUAACAGACAUGGUAAAAAUGAGACAUAAUCUUCAAAUGAAUCCAAAACGUUUAAAUGAUUUAUUGAAAUAA